CCGCCCGAAGCAGAAAAUGCUUAUCUGGAAACCGAGUAGUCUUCCCUCACACUUUUCUGCAGCAGCGAGACGGGUUUUCUGCUUCGAUAUCCACAAAGAACUGCUGUUUCGAUGUCUAAGAAAAGGGGCCUUUCUUUGGAAGAGAAGCGUGAGAAGAUGCUUCAGAUAUUUUAUGAGUCCCAAGACUUCUUCCUUCUCAAGGAGCUUGAAAAGCUAGGCCCCAAGAAAGGUGUAAUCACCCAGUCAGUGAAAGAUGUUGUCCAGAGUUUGGUGGAUGAUGACCUUGUCUUAAAAGACAAAAUUGGAACUUCUGUAUACUUCUGGAGUCUUCCUAGCACUGCUGGAAAUCAGUUAAGGAAUGCAUAUCAAAAACUGGAAUCUGAACUCCAGAGCAGUCAGAAGCGGUUUGCGGAACUCGUUUAUCAGUGCAAUGAGUUAAAGAGGGGAAGAGAGGAAUCUGAUGAACGAGAGGAUGCCUUAGGAGAGUUAACAGCCCUUGAACUUAAGUAUAAAGAGCUGAAGGAAGAGAUGGGACAAUUUGCAGACAAUGAUCCAGCUGCCUUUGAAUCAAUGAAGAAAGCAAUAGAAGUUGCCCAUGCAUCAGCAAACAGAUGGACAGAUAACAUCUUCACACUACGACAAUGGUGUUCAAACAACUUCCCUCAGGCAAAAGAGCAGCUUGAAAACUUGUACACGGAGGUAGGGAUAACUGAUGAUUUCGACUAUUUGGAGUUAGCACCAGCUGUUCCACUUAGCAUUGUUGGCGACCAGAUGCUGGAAAACAAUACUUAGGCAACUUCUCUAUUGCUCGGUAAGGAACAAACUACUGUACAUAGGAACCCCAGCAAUUGGCACCAAACAAUACCUAUGAAGCAUCUGUGGCUUUCAUUUCAUACUUUGUAUUUCCCUUCUAAGAAAAACUUCUUGCUUCAGUACUGACACCAGUACCUAUGAAGCACCUGAUAAAGAACAUUCUGCAAUUUAGCUCGACCAUCAUGUUGCGUGACGUAAGAAUUUAGUUCAUUAGUAUAUUUGAUCUCUGUUCGUCUUAUGGAAAAUCAGGCAUGGCUAUUUGCAAUGA